AUGUCUCACCAGAAAAAGCAGCCCACCCCCAUGCCCCCAGUGGGUUGCGGGAAGAACUCGGGUGGCGGCGGCGGCGGCGGCGGCGGCGGCGGCGGCGGCUCCGGCGGCUGUGGCUUCCAUAGCGGUGGCGGCAGCUCGGGCGGCGGCGGCGGCUCCGGCGGCUGUGGCUUCCAUAGCGGCGGCGGCAGCUCGGGCUGCGGCGGCGGCUCCGGCGGCUCCGGCUGCGGCGGCGGCUCCGGAGGCUGCGGAGGAGAUUCCGGUGGGAGUAUCAAGUACUCUGGGGGUGGUGGCAGCUCCGGAGGCGGCGGCCGCAGCGGCUCCGGCUGCGGGGGUGGCUAUUCCGGGGGCGGCGGCGGCUCCUCCUGCGGCAGCAGUGGCUGCUACUCCGGUGGCGGCGGCGGCGGCGGCGGCGGCGGCGACUCCGGUCAGCAGGUCCAGUGCCAGAGCUACGGAGGCGUCUCUAGCGGGGGCUGCGGGGGUGGUGGCUCCUCCGGGGGCGGCGGCAGCUCCGGCUGCGGUGGCGGCUCCUCUAGUGGAAGCUCCGGCUGCGGCGGGGGCUCCUCCGGCGGCGGCUCCGGCUACUUCUCUCAGCAGACCACCCCGACCUCGUGCGUGCCCCAGCAGAGCUACGGAGGGGGAUCCUCCGGAGGCAGUUGCGUCGGCGGCUCCUCCGGGGGCGGCGGGGGCUGUUUCUCCAGCUGCGGCGGCGGCGGAGGCGGCGGCGGCGGCGGCGGCUGCUCGUCCGGUGGCAGCGGGGGCUGCUUCUCCAGCGGUGGUGGGGGCGGCGGCGGCUCCGGCUGCGGCGGCGGCUCCUCCGGGGGUGGCGGGGGCUGCUUCUCCAGCGGUGGGGGUGGCGGUUCCUCUGGGGGUGGCAAGGGCGUCCCGAUCUGCCACCAGACCCAGCAGAAGCAGGCGCCUACCUGGCCAAGCAAAUAAGGUCCGUUAAAGGCCGCGGAGAAGAAGAGAUGGAGGUGUUCUCCGUGGGCGCCAAUGGGCUUAGCUCUCUCAUGGUAUUGCCCUGAGGUUCCCAAAUCCUUCAGGUGUUAACACCUGAGCCACUGAGCUCUGGGGCUGCCUCUUGUUCUGUAGUUUUUCAUCUUUGGUUUCUAUACAACUACCUCCCAACCCCGGUACAUCCUCAGUCAAUAAAUGUGCAAUUCAUGAGAAUUUCUGGGUUUCCAGGCACCUUUGUAGUUUCCAAGUUCAUUCAUUCUAUUUCAUUCAUAAACAAAUGUAUUUAUUGGGAGAAGGGUGGGUGGAUAGGUGAAAGUCAUAGAGGAAUGGCUAGCAACCAAUAAAGAUGUGAACUCU